ACUGUUGCAAUUGUUGUUCAAAUAUAAACAAACGAUAUGCGAGUGCUUAGCUGAGCCGGCUAACGGUAUAUACAUAUGGUAUGAUGAUUGGUGAUAAAGUACCAGACCAUAAGUGUGGAAACCGGUUGUCGCCAGUAGUCUCUCAACAUUCAUCGGGCACGCAAUCAGUUUGGGGAAUAGAAUAAUCUGAAAGAUAAGUAAUUAUCACUGAAAUCAUCGGAAAAUCUAGACGCAAUAGUUUCCAAAAUGCACAAAUGCUAUUGUGGCGUAAUGAGAUCGGGAAGUGAGCGGCAGUCGCAACAUCUUGCGCUCAAUCGAGAUCAUCAUCCACGUGGCGAUCUCAGGUCGGUGACCUCUUCUUCCAGACAAAGCCUACGACCCACCCAAUUUAUAAAACGUCCGAGCGUAAAGAACCAGCCCAGAUUUGGCCUAGGCCACUCCAGCACCGAGUUGGUCAAUGACUUCAGUCGCCGGAACUCCACAGCCACCACGGUGAGUCACUGCUCCAGCUGCAGCUGCAGCUCCUCCCAGCAACGUCAGCAGAGCAGGGCCAAGGUUUUGCGAUGGGGCUGGGAACGAACAGGAGGUAUUGACACCUCGAACACGAACCAUCAUGAAAGGUACACGGACAAUCGUCGCCUUUACGAGCAGAGCGCAUGCGUCGCCAGUCGCCAGAGGAGCCAAGGUCAGGGUCAGGUUUACAGUGGCAACUCGACGCCAUCGCCACGCCCAGUUCAGUAUCCCAAACAACAGGCGAACGAUGAGCUGCAGCAACUGAAGGCCCUGCAGCACUUCCGCCUGAUGAACACAAGCGAAUGCUUCAGUGAUGUCCGCCAGGAUAAGCUGCGCCUGCAGCGGGCAUAUGAUAAAAUCAUUUUCAACAACUCGGACAAGUGGAACAAAGAUCGCGCCAAUGAGAGCAGGCAACAGGAAGUGACGAGGAGCAGCAGCAGCAGCACCACCACCACACCUUAUGCCUUAAGGCAGAAGUUGCUCCAGCUGAGGCUCCAGGAGGAUGAGCGACAUGGCAGGGGCACGGGUGGCACAUGUGCUCCUUUGGGAAAGAGUUGCUCACUGCGAUAUAACUAAACACAAAGUGCUAUACAAAGUAAAUUUAGUGCAAUAUAUUAAGCAACAUAAAGUAAAGUUAUAAAUAAGAUUUUAAAGUCCUCGAAAUGCUUUAGAUUGUAACACCAACUAU